AUGCCAACGGAAGCCCCCUUGGAGCCUAUCCGCUCCAACCAGAGUGGUGGGAAUUCCGAGAGGCCGGCUUCUGUUUCUCAUCAAGAAGCCGGGAAGGUGUCCCUCGAUCAGUCUGUGCGGACGUUCCGGCUUUUCGAGAUCCUGCGGAGUGGUGACACUACUGCUAUCUCAAAAGCCAUCCAGGAGAUCAACGAUUCCCAAGGCGCCAACAGCCUUUCCGGCACGACGAUACUCCACCUGGCCAUCCAGUGUGCGGAGCCACAUGUUGUGGAGUAUAUCCUGUCCUCCGGAGAUGGUCUUGAUAUAAAUGGUCGCGAUCGAGAUGGGAACACUCCUCUCCAUUUGGCUGCCCAGCUAGGGAGGGGACCGUUGGUCCGCGAACUACUGGACCGCCCUUCUGUCAACGAUUCGAUCGUUAACUACAAAGGUCAAACCGCCCUCGACGUUGCACGCACUCCGGAGAUCUUCCAACAGCUCCAGCUCGCAAGGUCUCUCUUCAUAGAUGCCAAAACCCAGGAAAUCCAGUCGCUCGCGUCGCAGGGCGAUCAUGAGAAACUGGAGAAAGUACUGGAGGAACCCCGAGUAGAGGGGAUAAUGGAUAUCAACAGUCUUGACUUCGCCACGGACCCUGCGACAUCUCAGUCCGGUGGGACUUUGUUGCAUGAGGCAGCUAGGAAAAGAGACACGAAACUUAUUCAAAUUCUACUGAUGCACGGCGCCGAUCCCUUUCGCCGCGACAAGAAAGGCAAGCUACCACAAGACGUGACAAAGGAUGAUAAGACGCGUGCCAUCCUGAAAAAGUCACCCGCGGCCGUUAUCGCACAGCGUGGAGUCCAAGAAAAGGCCAUACUCGGUACCAACUCGGCGCAAGGUAUCUCGGGCAGGGCUAGCACUGGUGAGGCGCCGUUUGCCAACAAGGAUGCCCGUGAGAUGAGGGGCUACUUGAAGAAGUGGACAAACUAUACUAGCGGCUAUAAGCUCCGGUGGUUUGUACUUGAGGAUGGUGUCUUGAGUUAUUAUAAACAUCAGGAUGAUGCUGGGUCUGCGUGCCGCGGAGCAAUCAACAUGAAGAUCGCGAGACUCAACAUGGACGCGCAAGACAAGACCCGUUUCGAAAUCCACGGAAAGUCGUCGGUCAGAUAUCAUCUCAAGGCUAACCACGUUGUUGAAGCGAAGCGCUGGUUUUGGACCUUGAACAACGCUAUCCAGUGGGCUAAAGACGAGGCGAAGGAAGAAGAGAAGCGCCAGACGAAACAUGCUGAGGCUCUUCGCCAAGCCAAAAUCGACCGGGUUGAAGGCCGAGCUCCAGAAUCUCCAUCUGAAUCGCCCAACCUUGCCCCCACCAAGUCAAAUGGUAAAGGUCUUGCACCUCCGUCUUUGGGCUACCAAAGCAGUAGUGGCACGAGACUCAGCACCUACGCGUCUCGCACCACUCUAGAGAGCACAGCCGGAGAUGAUGAAGGCUCUGUAUACAGUGCCUAUGACCAGGGCGGCGCACCAAAUGAGGUUAACCGAGUGGUUAGCCAGAUGACUGCUGGGCCUGAUGUAGAAGGCGACGAUGAUGAAUACGGCGACUAUGCAUCAAGUCGUGAGGUUCCCACAACCGACAAGGAUGCUUUGAAUAUCACUGCCCAGUCAGCCAAACUGCAGCUAGACAUUCUGGCCAACGUCGCCUCAUCGUUGCAAGCAGAAAAGUCGAGAGACCAGAGCGUGACUCUCGCCGACCCGGCUGUUGAUCAAGCCCUUGCUGCAUAUGAAGCUGCGGUAAGCAGCCUAAAGGGACUUGUACAUGAUUUGCUCAAGAUUUCCCGCGACCGCGAUUCGUACUGGCAGUAUCGACUGAAUAAGGAAGCAUACCUUCGGAAGAUGUGGGAAGAAAGCAUGGCUCGAGUUGCCCAGGAGCAUGAUGAACUACAAUCGAAGAUGGGCGAAUCGGAGGAGAAACGACGCCGCACGAAGCGAGCUCUCAAGGAAGCAUUGGAGAACUCGGCGAACACAAGUCGCGCAAUCAGCAAGACCCCGUCCCGUGUGCAGGUCACGUCUAAGGAGGGGGAUGAAGAGGAGCCUCAUAGCCCCGAGACGGCUGAAAGUGCCUCUCGGCCCGAUGAGCCAGCAACCGAAGAACCUAUCCGGCGCAAGCAAUCAACUCUUUCUCAUAUCAGCAGUUUGUAUGGAUCGGGAUCGGAAGAUGAGGAUGAAUUCUUUGAUGCUAUCGACGCUGGAGAGAUUGAGGCUGAAAACAUCGCCAAGCCGGAGGUCAAGGAUGAGACUGAGCAGUCCGAGGAUGGGAAUGCCGAAUUGCGGGCUGUUAAACGCACUCAAAUUGCCCCUUCGUUCAAAGGAUAUGAACAACCGGUCAGGACCAGAUUGAAGAUGGAUUAUGACAACCGCCCAAAGAUCUCUUUGUGGGGAAUCCUGAAAUCUAUGAUCGGCAAGGAUAUGACCAAGAUGACCCUGCCUGUCUCGUUUAACGAGCCAACUUCGUUGCUCCAGCGAGUGGCGGAGGACUUGGAAUAUACAGAUCUUCUUGACGUGGCAGCCGAUCUACCGGAUUCAAUGGAGCGUAUGGUAUAUGUCGCUGCGUAUGCGGCGAGUGAAUAUGCAUCGACCAUUGGGCGUGUGGCGAAGCCCUUCAACCCUCUACUUGGCGAAACGUUCGAAUAUGUCCGGCCGGACAAAGGUUAUCGAUUCUUCGUGGAACAAGUCAGCCAUCACCCGCCAAUCGGUGCCGCAUGGGCUGAAGCUCCACGGUGGGAUUACUAUGGCGAGUCUGCUCUUAAAUCCAAGUUCUACGGGAAAUCCUUCGACAUCAACCUUCUUGGGACAUGGUUCUUGAAGCUGCGUCCCGUGUCGGGUGGGGAGGAGCUCUAUACCUGGAAGAAGGUGACCUCGUCUGUUAUCGGCAUCAUCACUGGCAAUCCCACACUUGACAAUUACGGAUUGAUGGAGAUCAAGAACUGGACUACGGGUGAGGUUUGCUACCUGGACUUCAAACCAAGAGGCUGGAAGGCCACGUCCGCAUAUCAGGUGGCUGGCAAGGCUGUGGACCGGGAUGGAACGCCCCGAUGGAGCAUCGGCGGUCGUUGGAACGACAAGCUCUAUGCCCGCCAUACACCUGGAUUUGAAGCACCGGUUUCUGGCCAAGAUCCAGAGUCGGCCAAAACGCUUCUAGUGUGGCAGUGUCACGACCGUCCUGCUGGAAUCCCCUUCAACCUGACACCGUUUGUCAUCACUUUGAAUGAUCUCCCGGAAAGCUUGAAAGAACAUCUCCCGCCCACUGACACGCGGCUACGGCCCGAUCAACGUGCCAUGGAGGAGGGAGAGUACGAUCUCGCCGCUGAGGAAAAGCACCGUGUGGAAGAAAAGCAACGAUCCAAGCGAAGAGAGCGAGAUAUGAACGGGGAUGAGUAUCAGCCUCAGUGGUUCACUCGAGCCAAAUGUCCGAUCACGGGCGAAGAAUACUGGGCUCAUAACGGGAAAAAGCGAAAACACCGACAACAACUACGCCAUUUCCCAUUGAACUCAAUCAUGGCCGGCGGAUAUACCUGUGGGCGCUGCCUGCAAGUGUUCCGCAACUCCACAAUUCGACUGCAGGCCCAGAGAUUCCAACCGGGGCGAACAUUAUCCUCCGUCCGAAGCUUUGGCUCAUGGCGCCAUAACCCCUCCACACAAGCCCAGGGGCAGACAAAACGGCCGUCGCCGCUGGACGCUCCGAAUGUAACGCGUGAAACGUCUAGCAAUCCGCUGGAGACUCGAGCUCUGUUGAAACCGAACAACCUUUUCCACCCUUUCACGGAAUCUCCAGCACCGGCUAUCCGACAACGCGCGGCGUUCAUCAAGCAGAAUGCCUUCUGCCCUCAUCCGAGCCACCAACCGACGCGUGCACCCGUUUCGCCUCACGAUCCAGAGUCGCGGAAGUUAUCGCAAGAUGCCAAAUCUCCGCCAGCCCACUCCCACCACGAGUGCCCUGACUGCGGUGUUCCGAUCUACUGUUCGGAGGAGCAUUGGAUGGAUGACUUCGAGGCCCAUUUGGAGGUCUGCGAGACCAUCAGGCAGAUAAACGAGGAUGAUCACGAUCUGAAUUCCGGGCGCUUCUUCCCGGAGUUUACCUAUCCGGGGCUUCAGGAUGACAAUUACGUCGUCAACAUGACCAAUUGGGACACUUUCCUCUACACUCGCGAGUUCGAGGCUAUCAAUGAUGAUCGCAGCAUGCGGCAGGUCACCAGGAUGCUCACCUACCCGUUGACCAUUGGGAGCGUCUUGCAUGAGUUGAGUCCUUAUACAGUUCGCUCUGGGGGGAGGCUUACGACGGAGGGGCUUAAGAGUGCCAGUGCAUUGCGGUACACCUUGCACCCCCCGAGAACAGGAGAAGGCGUCGAUAUGCAGGGCCUACGGCUCAAGGCCCCGCCGGUCCGUUUAUUCAUCCUAGGAGCGCGCGCCGAAUCCUCUCUUCCUCGCGACGUAUGGCUUCAGCUGAGCCAUAUCUUCCCGCGCUCUCUCAUCCACUUGAUCUUUAUUGGCCCGGAGAGCAUGACCAACAGGGACGCCGAGUUCCCGCUACCGGAGCGAACGCCCGAGAAUCCAUUUGGCGGCAUCGUGGAAGACCGUCUCGGUGGACAGCUGAAGAUCACCACCUAUGUCGACUACUUCCACACGAUGUACAACGCGCAAUAUUUCCAGCCGUUUGACCCGUACCUGGACUGCGUUGUUCUGUUCCACCCUGGCCUCGGUCACCCGGCCAGUUCUCACGAGUGGGAGGAAACCCUCCCUCAGCUUCUGGAGACCAAGGUCCCCAUCAUCAGCACGGGCUAUACACAGUGGGACAUGGAGAGGGACAUCAACUGGGUGCAUGAGAAGUGCGGCGGGGAGUUCGAUAUGCUGCUCGAGCCUGGGGAAAACAUCUUCCGCAGUUUGCGGUGGGAUCUCAACGACUUGGAUCCACAUGAUGUAUCAUGUGGGAACUGGGGUCUUUGGGCGUUCCGAGGGAAGCGAUACGAGACGACCAUGAAGGAGUAA